AUGGGCCUGAGGAACCAUGUGGAGGAUGGGACAGGCCACAUCCUCAGCCAGGGGCUGGAUCUGGACUACCUCCACGUGGAAGGCCAGAGCACCGGGAAAGACGCCAGGAAAGUGUCCUCGACACCAGCGUCUGCUUCUGGAGGCUCUGGCCUUGGCGACAGCACCAAUAGCUUGGAUAGCAGCAGCGCUAGCUUCAGUAGCUUCUUCUCUGAGGAAAGUGGAGACAGCGAGGAUGAGCGUCAUGCAUCCAUUCAGGCACAGACCCGGGAAUCCUCUGCCAGGCUGGACCUGGCGGAGAACCCACAGUCUACCAACAACUGUCGCACUAAAGUGGACUUUGCUUUAAAGCUGGGUUACUCGGAAGAUCUGGUGUUGCUGGUAUUGCAGAAACUAGGCCCGGCUGCACUCAUCAAUGACAUUCUUGGAGAACUGGUUAAACUGGGCACCAAGGGGGACCCAGUGGAGCUGCCAGGAUGUACAGUAGGAUCACAGUCUCCUUUGCCCUCUUCUGCCUACUCCUCGUCUUGUUCCUCGGUGGACUCUUGCAGACUGCUGUGCUCGUCUAAACUCCUGGAGGACAAAGAUAACCUUCGGCCAGUUGUGGUGGAUGGAAGUAAUGUAGCCAUGAGUCACGGCAACAAGGAGGUAUUCUCCUGUCAAGGCAUUCAGCUGGCGAUUGAAUGGUUCUUGGAACGAGGCCACAGUGACAUCACAGUUUUUGUUCCUGCGUGGAGGAAGGAGCAAUCCCGUCCUGAUGCUCUUAUCACAGACCAAGACGUCCUGAGGCAGCUGGAGAAGGACAAGAUCCUUGUCUUUACACCAUCCCGCCGUGUGCAAGGACGGCGCGUGGUCUGCUAUGAUGACCGUUUCAUCGUCAAACUAGCCUACGAGUCAGACGGCAUCAUCGUCUCCAAUGACAACUACCGCGACCUCGCCAAUGAGAAGCCCGAAUGGAAGAGGUUCAUCGAUGAGCGCCUGCUCAUGUACUCCUUCGUCAAUGACAAAUUCAUGCCACCAGACGAUCCGCUUGGACGACACGGACCCAGUUUGGAGAACUUUCUGAGAAAGCGGCCAGUCAUUCCAGAAAACAGGAAGCAGCCCUGUCCCUAUGGUAAGAAAUGUACGUAUGGGCACAAGUGCAAGUUUUACCAUCCGGAACGGGGCAGUCAGCCUCAGCGUUCUGUAGCUGAUGAGCUCCGGGCCAGCGCCAAAAUAUCUUCUGCAGUGUCCAAAGUCCAACUGGAAGACUCUCAGUUGGCGAGGAACCAGAUUCCAUCUGAGUCCGGGCGGGUAACCCCAAAGAAAACAUCAAGGUCCCUCACAGAGUUACUGGAGGACCAUCUCCAAGUGCAGUCCAAAGUAGAACGCAAGGGAAGCAGCAAAAGCAUCAUCCAUCCCAUUGCAAGGAGGUUACCUUUCUCAGGAAAUUCAGAUGUAUGGGAUCACCCAGGAUCUAACUACAACCAAUUCGAGUCCUCCGUGUUGGGCUACAACUCCUCAGUAAAGACCUCACCAAUCUUGGGUGUUUCUACUCCGGAAAGUCCUGAGCGCUUCUAUCAAGCAGAUUUCCGAGCCAGGUAUUUGCCCUCCGAAUGCAGCAGUGUGAGCAGCUCAGAGUCGGUCUCCCCAGACCUGGUUUUGGAUGACAAGCCAGUUUGCCAACGCCAUUACCACUACCCCCACACCCAUCGUACUCAUCCUUUUGCUAACCAGUACGGCGGACCCGUAAACAGAAGUCCACCUGGUCUGAGCCAGCACGCUUCAACUGGAAUUAGAAGACUUAAUUUCGAUGUGGAAGAAAGUCCUUUCCAGUCCUUAUCAAGUCACAUUCCGCAAAUUCAUCUCCCACUUCUGAGGAGAUACCCAGGAGAAUGUCCUACACUUCGACCAACCCAAACAUCUACCCUUUCUCAGUGUUCUCUUCUAGCUAGCUCCUUUUGGCAAGAGGAAGGACUCCAGGACUCCAGCAGGUACCAUCAAGGGUCGCCGUUUCCCGCCCGGCGGAAUCAUUCUGGGCUACAAGCGCAGAUGAAUUGGGACCAGCACUACUUACAACCUCCAAGACCUUGUUAUGAUCUCUUCCCACUUCCGAAUCCUCCAAGCGCUUCCGAAAAAGUCUGGUCCUCUCCGUGGAUGAGCAGACAUUCGUCACCGCGUGGCCUUGCACCUUUACCGCAGAUGUCCUUUCCAUCACCCCUUCAACCAAGACAGCAGUCUCUGCAGGAAGAGUCCUCAGUGGCCCACGACAGGCGGGAAAGGGUGUUCCUGAACCUCUGUGGAAUUUUCCCUGCUGAUUUAGUGAGGGUAGUAAUGAGCCGGAACCCGAGUGUGAUUGACGCGCAGGAGCUGGCUGCUGCCAUAUUGAUGGAGAAAUCUCAGGAUAGCUCUUGA